GAGGACUGUAGUCUGUUUAAAAUGUUUCCAACUGUCUCCAAAUCAUGUCAGGGCCGUUCUUUAUUUGUGUUGAAUACAUCGGAACCUAACUGGCGGGUUUUCUCCGUAUGGCGUUGAAGAAGAGUGGCCUACAUUUCCCACAAUCCCAAGCGUUACGAUUACCUCCGUAAAGUGCGUCUCGUGCGUCUCUCGUCCUCGGCCCAGACUAAGCUGAGCUGAUUUACUGAGUCAGUGAGACAGUGAGGGUCUCGCAGCGGCGGACAUGUCUCUACCGUUCACACAGAGCAGCUGCGACACGAGCAGCAGGAGGAGGAAACCUGCGGAGCACACACAAGAUCCUUUGCUGGAGCAUGAUCUCCAGUCAGACGAGAGCCAUGAACACGUCCAUGACCAAAGUCAACCGGUCAGCUCCACAUGUCAUGCACUCUGCACAACAAAGUGCAUACCUGCACAUGCAUGUUCAGGCCACAGUGCAUGUGAUGAUACGUGGGAAGAGAUUCAAAGUAAAAGAACCAUCAGAGCAGAGAACGAAGUGGAGGCCAACAAACUGGUCAACAACUACAGGUUUGGUUUCCGGAAAUGGAAGAGCCACGUGACCGAGCGUCCGUUUGAAGUCCGGUCAGAGGUCGUGAAAGAGCUCUACUCUGAGCUGAACAUCAUCAAACCACAACCAGGUCGUCUAAUCACAUGUGGAAAUGUCCUGUAUGUGUUUCUCUUUGGUUGGUGGGUCUCACUGGCAUAUUUCCUGGUGGGAUUGCUUAUGUUCAUCACUGUCACUGGAGUACCAUAUGGGAAACUUUGCUGGAAGUUGUCCUGCUACUUCAUGUGGCCUUUUGGCAAGACAAUCCACGAGAUUGGAAAUACGUUGAGGAGAUGCUGUGAACGAGCACCAGACUGUGAAUGCAACAUAGAUAAUGUGGAUGAAAACUGCCCAGUUCUGCUACCUUCACCCACAGAGGUGAUGGAGAUCCCAGAACAACGUCCUAUCACUCCCAUCUGGCAUCGUAUCUCCACAUACGUGUGGUUGCUGUUGGGAUACCCUCCCAUGGUGGUCAUCCAUUCCCUGGCCUGCUUCUUCUCCUGGAUCCUGAUCUUCACUAUCCCAGUUUCGAAGAUGAAUGCACGGACCAUGACGGUCAUUCUCCUCCUGCCUCCUGAGGAUGUUUCUGUUUCCUCUUGCUUACGGAGGAAGAAUCAAAGCUAUGAGACCAGAGCACUUCUGUGCUGUUACCAUGCUGUGAACUGGUACUACUACAAGUACACUGUUGAUGGGAUCAACGUGUUUGCUGUCAACCUUCUCCCUCUGGUCAUAGUUGCCAUAGUAAUUGGAUAUAUUGACAAAGAUAACCAGUACGCCGGCUCUGCAGUCAAGUUCGCCAUAGCACUUAGCUCCAUGAUACCUCUGUCGUAUUACAUUGGUAUGGGCAUUGCCAGCAUCUCAGCGCAGAGUAACUUUGCAGUGGGUGCAGUGGUGAAUGCUACCUUCGGCUCCAUCACAGAGCUGACCUUUUAUAUCACAGCUCUGCUCAGAAGUCACCAGGAAUCUAACACGUGUCUGCAGGAGGUGGUAAAAGCUGCGCUGACUGGCACGCUGCUCGGCUGCAUUCUCUUUAUUCCUGGCAUCUGCAUGAUCAUCGGUGGGCUGAGACACAGUGAACAAAGAUUCAACAGUCGCUCGACAGGAGUGAGCUCCGCUUUGCUUUUCAUUUCUGUAGGAGGUGUAUUUGCCCCCACACUGUUCUCCAAGGCUUACGGGAGCCUGGUGUGCGACGCCUGCACCAACUACACGGCGGGAAACGCCAUGAGCAGCGUACAGUUUGUCUGCCACAACUGCCACUAUGAUCUGAACAACGGUACACUGUUCCACAGCCACGUUCAGCCUCUGGUGUACUCGGUGUGUGUCCUGCUGCCUGUCGCCUACAUCAUCGGCCUGAUAUUCACACUGAAGACGCACUCCCACAUUUACAACAUCCAUGUUGGAGGAGGACAGGUGAGCGGUCAGCACGGAGCGGUGGUCCACUGGUCACGGUGGAGGUCACUGAUCAUCCUCAUCAUGGCCACUGUGCUCACAUCGGCCUGCGCUGAUCUUGCCACCGAGCACAUCCAGCCCAUUCUGAACCAGCCCAACAUCUCACAGUACUUCAUUGGGGUGACAGUUCUUGCUAUGGUUCCUGAGAUCCCUGAGAUUGUGAAUGGGAUCCAGUUUGCUCUCCAAAACAACAUCAGUCUAAGUUUGGAGGUGGGGAGCUGCAUUGCUGUGCAGGUCUGCAUGCUGCAGAUUCCAAUACUGGUCUUAUUUAAUGCUUUCUAUGAUGUGGGAUUUGUGCUGUUAUUCAGUGACCUGCACCUGUGGGCCAGUAUCUUCAGUGUCAUCGUCGUCAACUACAUCUUCAUGGACGGGAAGUCGGAUUAUUUUCAGGGUACGGCCCUGGUGGUUGUCUACCUCAUCCUUCUGGCUCUGUAUUACUUUGCUCCAUACCCUGCUGGCUGCUGAGGGAGGAUCGUUCAUUUUUAAACCUGAAGCAAACACAUUAUCAAAACCACUCCCUGUCAGUUGAAUUUACUCUCAAAAGAUUUUACCUGAAUGACAAUGUGACAUUUUUAUUCUCAGGUGGGUACUUCCUUCUUUGUUUUUGUUUGUUUUUUUAAUCACACAUACACAUAACAUAUUACUCCUAACACUAUGAAGCUUUUCAGCUGACAUUCAUGUUUGUUCUGUCGUCCUAAGGGUUAAACUGUGCAGUUUGUUUGUUUGUCUUUACAAUGCAAUGGAUAUUGAUAUUUUUGCACAUAGUAUUUUGAUAAAAUUACUGUUGUGAUAUAUUUGUAUACUUUUUUUUUUAACCAUGUGUAAAUUAAACGUAAAAUGGUUUGUGUGCAGGAAUGACUUGUCUAGUUCUUCCUGAGUUUAAAAUAAUGAUCUCUGUAUGUUGAGAUUAAGUGUUAAAUUGUGUCUCUUAAUGGUUUUCCAGCUGAAAAAGUUGCAUGGCUGGCUGUGCACAGCAAGAACGAGAACUGUAACGACGUUUAAGUUUCUAACAGUUUCCCCUGUUCUGCCAUAGCUGUAUGUUCCUCUGUUCCAGCUCUGGUUUCUAACUGUGUGUUAACCUUUUAACACCUUUUUUUUGCUUAUUUUCACCAUAAAAGGGUCAGAAAAUGU